UGCUUAAAAAAGCCUUCCUAUACCGAGCGCUGAUAAGCGCAUACCCGGUAUUUGUAAAUACCGAGGCAAAGUUGUAAAUAAAUACAACUUUUCUUUUUCUCUUUUGUUUUUCCUUUUUUUUUUUUUUUUGGUUUUUACUUACAUAUAUCCAUGAUCUGAUUCACAUUGUAGUUGAUCUAAUUCACAUUGUAGUUGAUCUGAUUCAUAUACUAGUUGAUCUGAUUUCUCUCCUACAUGAUCAGGGCCAACUUUUUUUGUCUUUUUCUGGCAAAAUUACUAACAUACCUCGGUAUGGACACUGUUGGCCCAUACCGGGUAUGCGCAAAUACUUUCUCCUAUACCUAUGUAUUGCUUUGGUUGCCAAAAAGAAGGAAAAGGACCUAAUUUGAUAUGUAGCUUUUUUUUUUUUUGGAACCCAAUAGGAUUAUCUACUCAUUUAGUUUGACAUUGAAACCAGUCAACUUUCAUAGUUUCACCUACUUUCUACAGUCAGCGUUGACAAUAAUAAAUUAAUACUAGUUUGACAAGGUUGACUUUUCUCCGUCCUCUCUAUCUCCUCUGAUAUCCUAGUUUGUACAUAUAAGACCCGGCACCAGCGACCUGUUUAUAAUAUUCAUUAUUCAGCAUUAACUAUUAAGUGUCCACCUCUCUAUUCUCUCUAAUAAUAUUCUUACUAGUUUGUUAUAUUCAAUAUAAUAUCACAAUUAGUAACGAUGGAAAAUACAAUUGAUUAUAGUAACAACGGAAGACAGAGGAGGUACAAUCGAAACAGGUACAGAGGAGUUCGGCAGAGGCCGUGGGGGAAAUGGGCAGCUGAGAUACGGGACCCACACCGGGCAGUCCGAGUGUGGCUCGGAACCUUCGACACCGCCGAGGAUGCCGCCAUAGAGUACGAUCGAGCUGCCGUCCGAUUCAGGGGUCCACGCGCCAAGCUUAAUUUCACCUUAGGUGACUAUCUCCCACAACUUGAAGAGUACAACAACAAUCAUAAUAAUCAAGAUCGUCAGAUGAUUGUAAUCAAUCAAGAAUUAGAGACUAGUAGCUUUGUUGAUGAGCAGGAACUUGAAGAUUGGGUGAACGACAUGAUCGAUGAUGCUCCUCUAUCGUUUCGCUAUUAAUAUCAAGUAGUAAGUAGUUUGCAUCAUUAUUGUUCGUUGCUUUUUUUAUUAAGAAAUGGGACAUUAAUGAUUCAAACAAUUUCAGGAGUUUUGUGUUGUUUUUAUACUAAAGGGAGAGGUAAUAGAGAGCGGUAAGAUUGUGUAUAUAUAUAUAUAAUAAAAAAAAAAGCAAAAUUGGCUUCAACGCACUCAACUAUAGCUCGGGUGCACCAAACACCACCAACUAUGACUAGUAGCGUAAACGCCACCAGUUAUGGGAUGAGGUGCAUUCUGUACAAUAAAUGAGGCCAGAAGCCUAAAAUGUUGUUGAAAAGGGCGAGUUUUUAUGGUACAGACUAUACCCGAUCAUGUAGUUGGUGGUGCUAAGGUUACUAAACAUAGUUGAUAGUGUUGGGUGCACCCAAGUUAUAGUUCAAGGUAUUGAGAUCAAUUUUACUUAAAAAUAUAUACAUUUUUUCAAUAAGGAGGUGAUUUGAUAUUUUGAUUUUUGGGGUCACACGUCAUGGCCACUUGGCCAGAACUAGUAAGUUAUGUUUUAUAUUAGGGCCUUGUUUGGUUGUAUAUGGGAAGUCAUACUUCUUAGGAAGUUAUUUUUUCUAUGUAUUUGAAAUUUCUAGGAAGUGUAAAAUUGUGUUUGAUUGAUAAUGGGAAGUAUACCUAGGGGGACCUAGGUAAGUAACUUCCUCUAGUUUGGAGAAAGUAGAACUUCCUAGAAAGUACAAAUGUCCAUGAUUUUGCCAACCAAAUAACUUCAUACACUUCUACUUUUUAGAAAUUUGCACUUCCUAUUAUUUGUUUUGUCAACCAAACAAGGCCUAGAAAAACAAAUGAGAUUAUUUAGGUGUCAUAAGCGUCAUAUAGACUUGAAUUCAGGUGGAUAUUCAUUUCAUCAUUUGGAAUUAAGCUGAUGACAGUUUGUGAUUCUUUUAUUACAAGAAGUAUAUAGAGAAGUGUAAAUGGUUGAAUACUUUUUUGUUUGUUUCGGUUCUAUGUUUGGAUACUAAAUUGAACUAUUAUAUCAUAAUAUAAUAGGUUUUUGCAUAAUAUAGUAGAUUUCGCAUAAUAUAGUGGAUUUUCGCAUAAUAUAGUAGUUUGUUCAGUAACGAUAUGUUGUUUUGCCUGGUGCACACUAAUGUUAACGUCAAUCGGGUCCACACAAGUCAGAUUGUAGAUAAUUAUGUCCAUAAAUGUAUAUUGAGUUAUUUUAAAAUUGAGUAAGGCUAUAAAUGCACAUGUACCAAGGAAAAUAUCUAAAGGGUGGAAAAAAAGAGAGGAAAAGUAAGUGGUUGUUUGGUAUACAGAAAAUUACUUAUGUAGGCAAUAGAAAUUCUCAUUAUUUUUAUGCUUGGAUAGUUGUUUGAUUGAUAGAAAAUGGAAAAAAUGGGUGUAAUGAAAAUUCAUGGGAACUUGGAAUUCCCACAAAAUGUAGGAAUUUAUUUACUUAUCUUCCCCUUGGUUAUUCACAAUUUCUACAUAAUUUUUAUGAAUUACAACUCCCCUUAUGACUAUCAAACAAUUUAGACUAAUUCCUAGAAAUUUCAUAAGGGAAUUAAUUUCCCAUGAAUUGUAACUUCUUAU